AUGUUAAGAAUAAAAGAUCCAAAAGUUUCUCUUCCUUUCUAUGAGAAACACUUCGGCAUGAAAUUAGGUGUCUGCCUCGAAUUAACACAUAAUCAUGGUAGCGAGGAGGAUAAUUCCUUUAAAAUAAAUAAUGGUAAUGAGGAACCAUACAGAGGAUUUGGUCAUAUUGCAUUUAAUUGUCAAGAUGUUGUACAAAUCUCUGAAGAAUUAGAGAAAGAAGGCGUAAAAUUUCAUAAGAGGCCCCAUGAAGGUCGUAUGAAGACGAUUGCCUUUGCUAAGGACCCUGAUGGUUAUUUUAUUGAAUUAUGUAACCGUAAUAACACCAAUAAUAAUAAUAAUAAUAAUAAUAAGGAAGGAGGAGGAGGAGGGAAAGAAGGAGUAAAAGAAGAAAUAAAAGAAAAGUUUAAUUUAUCGCAAACAAUGAUAAGAAGCGAAGAAGCUCGUGAAUUUAUGAAGAAUUUAUGGUAUCCUUGCCUAGAAUUAACACAUAAUCAUGGUACAGAGAAAGAAGAAUCAUUUAUUUAUCAUAAUGGUAAUGAUCAGCCACAAGGAUUUGGUCAUAUUGGAUUUCUUACAGAUAAUUUAGAUAAAUCUUGUGAUGAAUUAAUUCAACAAGGAGUACCAUUCAGGAAAAAACCACAGGAUGGUAAGAUGAGAGGAAUAGCGUUUGCUCUUGAUCCUGAUGGAUACAGUGUAGAGAUUAUUCAGAGGGGAGUUACAUUUUAA